AUGGCUGCCAAACCAGACGUCUCUGCGGAAGAGAGGACGCCGGCAAAGCGAAGUAUAUGGCGCCUUGCCGGAUCAUUCGGUCGUUUACUGGUCUACGGUGACCCCUCGUCUACUGACCUGAUUAUCCUCUUUAUCGGGUUACUCGCCGCAAUUGCCUCCGGAGUGCCAUUCCCUAUCAUGUCAAUUGUUUUUGGACAGCUGGUUAAUGGAUUGAACUCGGCCACAUGUGAAGUGCAGUCCUCCACGGCUGCAUCCUACCAAGACGGAAUCAACUCCAAAAUCUUAGUGAUCGUCUACGUCGGAAUUGCCUAUUUUGUGCUUAUAUAUAUCUAUACGCUCUGUUGGAAUCUUUCUAGUGAACGGCUAGCUCAGCGGCUGCGCGAGAAAUACUUCAGCGCCAUUUUGCGCCAGGAUGCGGCAUUCUUCGACAAUAUGCCUGCUGGUGACGUGUCUUCUCGUAUCACCGGUGAUAUUUCCGUCGUACAGCAGGGUGCGAAUGAAAAGGUCGGUAUUGUUAUAAAUAGCGUGUCUUUCUUCAUCGCUGCGUAUGUCGUGGCAUUCAUCAAAGAUCCGAAGCUGGCCGGUAUGCUGGUAUCUCUUACCCCAGCAUAUCUUAUUAUGGCGCUAGGUGGCGGAUAUUUUGUGCAAAAGUAUUUUGGACGCUCAUUGGAGAGCAUAGGUAAAGCGUCAUCGGUGGCGCUGGAGGCAUUUUCCAAUAUAGCACUUGUGCACUCACUGUCAGCGAAUGCGCGACUAGAGGAGAAAUUCGUUGAAGUCCUAACCCCGGCAUUGUCAGCUGGUGUAUGGAAGUCCGUAGUCAUGGCGAUCCAGGCUGGACUCUUAUACUUUAUCGCCUUUUCGGCGAAUGGUCUUGCCUUCUGGCAAGGUUCACGACAAAUUGCGAGUGCCGUAGAGUCGGCUAAUGGUGGCAUUAGUGUUGGCUCUAUCUUCACUGUGAUCCUCAUUCUUGUGGAUGCUUCUUUGAUUCUUAGCCAGGCUACCCCCUUUCUGCGUAGUUUUGACUCGGCCUUGGUAGCUUUUACCAAGCUAGAGAAAGAAAUGGAACAUUCAUCAAAGAUUGACGGUACUGUCAAAGAUACCGGUGGAGUCCUGUCAUACUUUUCUGGAAGUGUGGAGCUGCGCAAUGUACAUUUUACUUUUCCAUCUCGACCAGAAAAACCGGUACUACAGGAUUUGUCUUUGAAAUGUCCAUCCAGUCAGCACACUGCUAUUGUUGGUCUUUCAGGAAGUGGUAAAUCCACCGUUGCUGGUUUGAUAACCCGAUUUUACAACGCGGAUCAAGGUAUUGUGCUACUGGAUGACCACGAUGUCAAGGAGUUGAAUGUUCGGACGGUCCGAAGCUGGAUUAGCCUUGUGCAGCAGGAGCCAUAUCUUUUGGACAGAUCCAUUCUCGAGAAUAUCGCUCUUGGUCUCGUUAACUCUCCCAGUCAUGAACAUCUGCACACCGUUCUGAUGAGUGACAUCCUCGCAAAUGUGGCUACAGCAGUAAGAGAUGGCCAAGACCUAACGGCGGCAUCUCAAGACUAUGGGGCACAGGUGCAAGAAAUUGUCCAAUUGGUUUUAAAUGCUGCUGUGUUAGCAGAUGCAUCAGGUUUUAUUGAAAGCCUUGAUGAAGGGUAUGGAACCUCGGUUGGCGCCAAAGGCCAUCUCAUCAGCGGUGGCCAGAAACAAAGGAUUUCACUGGCACGCGCCCUCGUCAAGAACCCACGCAUACUUAUUCUUGACGAGGCCACUGCAUCUCUCGACUCAGCAUCGGAAAUGCGCAUUCAGCAAGCUUUGGCCAAAGUAGCCGUUGGCAGAACAGUAAUCACAAUUGCUCACAGGCUCUCAACAAUCAAGAGUGCAGACAAUAUUAUUGUCAUGCGUCAAGGUAAAGUUGUAGAGCAAGGAACACACCAGAAUUUAGUAGAAGCCAAUGGUGCCUAUGCCGAGCUUGUUCGUCUGCAGAACCUGAAUGUCAGCGGCAGCAGUGAGGAUAAUGAAGAACAGGGUGUUGGCUCUGUUCGCUCUGGCUUCUCAACAGAAGAGAUCAUUGAUAAGCCUGCAGAAUUUCAGACAUCAACCAUAGAGACGGAUAAGGAAGCUUUGCAGGCUGAAAGCCAGGGGUCAAGAAACGAGAAUGAUGUUGACAAGAGAAGACUGACGUCGACGGCGCGCUCUAUGGGUGCUCUUUUCAGACCAUAUUCUUUUGUGCUGAUCAUCGCCAUAGUCGGAGCGGUCAUUAUUGGCGGAACAUACUGUGGUUCAGCAGUUAUUUUCGGUAACGUCGUGGGCAAGCUCAGUUAUUGCGAGGAACCAAGCUCCAUUCGCCAUUCCGGUGAACUUUUCGGACUCAUGUUUUUCAUCCUAGCUAUCAUCGAAUUCUCCGCCAAUGUCGUUAGCUGGUCCUUAUUUGGCUGGGUAUCAGAGCAAAUUAUUUAUAAGGUACGCGUACUAUCUUUGCGGUCGAUUCUCGAACAGGAUCUGGCAUGGCACGAAUCGAAAGGUCAGAACCCGUCUCUAUUGCUUGGAUUAAUUACGAAUGAUAGCAAUGCGUUGGGUGGUCUCACUGGCUCUGUAGUCUGUACAAUUCUAUCAAUUCUUGUUAGUCUGAUUGCGUCAAUCACCAUGACUCACAUAAUAGCCUGGAAAAUUGCAAUAGUGUGUCUUUCAGUAGUGCCACUGCUGCUGGGUGCCGCCUAUAUGCGGAUCACCACGCUAGCGAAUUUUGAGGAGAAGCAUUUGGAAGCAUUUGCAAAUUCCAACGCCAUUGCUGUUGAGGCGGUGAAUUCAAUCAAAACCGUGAUGUCUCUUUCAUUAGAACACGAGAUUCUUGGUACAUAUCGUCGGUCACUUGAGGAACCCAUGCGUCAAAUUGCCAUGCACAGUGCAUGGGCAAACUUGUGGCUAGCUGCUGGAUACGGGCUGAGCAACUUUCUCUACGCACUAGCAUACUGGUGGGGAUCGACAAGGAUUAUCGCCGGCGAGUACAGUCAAACUCGAUUCUUUAUUGUACAAAUUGCUCUACUCGUCAGCUCUCAGCUAUGGGGUCAAGCGUUCGCCCUCGCUCCUGAUGUUUCGCGCGCAUUCCAGGCUACACGUAGAUUAUUGAACGUGCUCGAAAUGGGAUCGACGAACAAGCUUUCCGCACCUCUCACUCCAAUUUGGGACAUUGAAGCUACUGCUACUUGUAGUGAGAAGCCACAGUCAUCUGUUGGCGGCAUAGGCGUUACAUUUAAGCAGGUUGUCUUUUCAUAUCCUGCAAGGCCAGACACUCGAGUUCUCCACGGCCUGGAUCUCAGCAUCCAGCCCAGGCAAUUCGCUGCCUUAGUCGGCCCGAGUGGUGCUGGAAAAUCGACAAUCGUAUCACUUGUUGAGGGUCUUUAUAUGCCAGAAUCGGGAAUAGUCGAAGUUGACGGUCACAACAUCGCAUAUGGAGCAGACACAUUUCGUCAUGACAUUUCCUAUGUUCCGCAGCAAAGUUUCAUGUUUGACGGUUCCAUCCGAUUCAAUCUAACCCUGGGCGCAAGACCAGGCCAAAGGGUGACUCAGGAGGAACUAGAGGAAGCAUGCCGAUUGGCUAACAUCCACGAUACCAUCAUGGAGUUACCAGAUGGCUAUGACUCCCAAUGUGGGCCAAACGGAGAUCGGCUUUCAGGAGGACAGAAGCAGCGACUGGCCAUCGCGCGGGCGCUUGUACGUAGACCAAAACUUCUGUUGCUAGAUGAGUCCACUAGUGCUCUUGACGCGGAGUCUGAACGAUUGCUUCGAGAUGGCCUUGACAAGGUCUCCAAGAAUAUGACCAUCAUUGCCAUUGCACAUCGCCUGUACACUAUUCGCAAGGCAGAUGUGAUCUUCCUGAUCGAGAAUGGGCGAUGUGUCGACAGAGGCACACAUUUAGAACUUCUGGAGCGCAGUGAGAGUUAUAGGGUGAAUGCGCUAAAUCAGGCGGUUAGUGAAUGA